ACCACACGAUGUCGCUGGUGUGCAGAAAACAAAACAGCUUGCGUAGCUUCAGGAGACAAUACAAUGUGUGUUUAAUGUUAAAUAUUUAGGCCGUUUUAAUAUCAAAACGGUGUGGUUUUUGUCAUUAUAGCAUACUGGAAACUGAAACAAAUUUAAAUUUAAGUGCUGGAAGGCAGAACACGGUACAACGACCCAAAUCCGAAGAGAUGCCGCAGGACAGGAGGAGGCAGGUAGCGGCUAGUGUUCUCUCACAGUGUCCGCUGGAAAAGCUACCUGUAGAGGACAAACCCACUCAGCUCAGCAUGUAAGCGGAGAGACGGCCACAUGUUUGCCACCAAGUAUUUUUCCUGAAAUCUGACGACCCACAGUGGAGGGUUAAAAGGGCUGCACGAUGAUCCGGAGCAGCCUUGUUGCAGAGCCAAAAGAGAGCCGGUGAAGACGAGUAGAUGGCCCUCCUCAUCGUUUAUGCGCUUUUCGCCCUGUCCUGCUGGGUGGCGUUCUACUUUCUCUUGUGCAACGUCAACGGGCACCGCAGCUGCGAGUGGAACUGCCGCCUCGUCACCUUGGUGCACGGCAUCCUGGCGGUCUGCAUCACUGCGUACAUAGGGUACGUGGACGGCCCCUGGCCCUUCACUUAUCCAGGCACCAAGAACACCCCUCUACAGAUAAGUGCUUUGGUGCUGAGCCUGGGCUACUUUAUUUUCGACAUGGCCUGGUGCGUGUACUUCCGCACAGAGGGGCCCGUUAUGCUAGCCCACCACACCAUGAGCAUCCUGGGAAUCCUGUUGACUCUGUGGCUGGGGGAGUCGGGCAUCGAGUCCUGCGCCGUCCUCUUUGGCAGCGAAAUCACCAACCCCCUCCUGCAGGCACGCUGGUUCCUUAAACAGACGGGCCGAUACGGGACUCGGCUGGGGGACGUGGUGGACGUCCUGUUCGUGCUGCUGUUCGUGACGAUGCGGAUCUUCGUGGGAGGCACAAUGCUGUACUGUGAGCUGGUCUCCCCAAGGCCCAGAUUCUUUAUCAAGUGCGGAGGAGUGGCCAUGUACGCUCUGUCCUGGGUCUUCAUGGUGGACAUUGUUCGAUUUGCCAGACGGAAGAGCAAGGCCUGGCACAGACAGAAGGAAUGUCUUAAGGAGUCCUUAACAGCCAAUGGACAUGAAGGAAAGAGGGACUGAUUCCUGAGUCAAUCCACAGUGGGUCACAUCCACUGGCUUUGGAUGCUCAGUCAUAAGAAAAAUCCAACUUUCUGUAUGUUAUCUUCUUCUAUUCUUGCUUUUUUUUUU